AUGACUACUGUUCAAUGGGUUUACGCUAAUGGCUCUGCUUGGGUCGCUCUCGACGCCGACGCUCAAAGACAUAUCGAAAGUUUAUGGUCACACAACGCUUCUAGCUGGAUCCAGUCUCAAAUCUUCCAUAGUCCUGUCUAUGUAGACAUUGACCAAAUGUCUCUCAUGUGUAAUGGAAUGUCCUAUACUAUUGCUCGCCGUAGAGCAUAGGCAACCAUUAUCUCCUCUUACAUCUUUUUUCUCUUCUUUUUUUUUCAUACUUGAUUGUACAUUUUCUAAUCCACAC